AUGGGGCCAGCUGGCCCUUCUUCUGUUGGACCUCCAGGAGAGAAGGGAGACAGAGGGCCCGCUGGUCCUGUGUCUGACGGACCGCCUGGCCUUCCAGGAAACAGGGGAGCCAGGGGACCAGUUGGGCCCCGAGGACCGAUGGGUCCCGUCGGAGCUCCUGGUCUAAAAGGGAUGUGUAAGUGUGAACAUACAGUAUCUUGUCCCGGAGGUUACACAGAACAUCGUGAUGUCUGCUUCAAAGUCUUCAAGAACCAAGAGAACUUCGACGGAGCAAAAGCGGCCUGUCUUGCAGAUGGCGCCACCCUCGCCAUGCCCCGAGACGCUGAGACCAACGACUUUCUGGUCUCCUUGUGCACGCCUGUGAACGGAUUUUUUUUCUGGUUUGGCCUGCACCGCCAUCGUGGGCGCAGGGGAGGCUUUGAGUGGGUUGAUGGUUCUGCACUGGGCACGUUUUCCUCCUGGGCUCCAGGAGAACCGGACGGCAGGGGUUGUGCUCAUUACAACAAGAACUGGGACCGGAAAGGCAUGUGGGAGGUGGCGACAUGUGACAACUACUACAUGAAGUUCAUCUGUCAAGUCGAUCCAGGACGUGGCUAUGUGACCAGCUGA